GGAAGGGGCUGGAGACAGGAUGCAGAUUGUCUUCAGACCUUACUAGGGUCGGUGAGGACGGUGGGAUAUUCUGGUGCUUCAGAUCUCCCCUGCCUUCACCCCAGUUCCUUCUUUUCUCAUGUAUGCAGGCAGGACCGAUACGUACCCAGAGCUUAGUUAGAGCGAGGCCAACUUUGCGGAGUGUUCCUAUUAGUAACAUAAAAGGGACACACCAAGAGACGGGAUGACCUGGUCUGGCCUUCUCCAUGGCCUCAACACGUCCCUAAGUCAUGGCCUGGCCCUGGUUCCCCAGCUCUGGGCCACUCGCUCCAUGGCUACCCUGAAUCAGAUGCAUCGCCUGGGGCCCCCCAAGCGGCCUCCCAAGCAUCUGGGCCCCACAGAGGGCCGGCCGCAGCUGAAGGGCAUAGUCUUGCGCACGUUUAUCCGCAAGCCCAAGAAGCCCAACUCAGCCAACCGCAAGUGCUGCCGUGUGCGGCUCAGCACUGGCCGUGAAGCUGUCUGCUUCAUUCCCGGGGAGGGCCACAACCUUCAGGAGCACCAUGUGGUCCUCGUGGAGGGUGGCCGUACCCAGGACUUGCCCGGGGUCAAGCUCAAAGUUGUGCGGGGCAAGUAUGACUGUGGCCAUGUGCAGAAGAAGAAAUGACCAGUGUGUGCAGUGGCCCGGACUCCCUGCAGAAAAAGAACCUGGAUCUCCAGCUUCUGGCUCCUGGCUCCUGGCUCUGGCAGUUCCUUCACAAACCUGAGUCCCGCCUCUUCUGUCAGAACCCCCUUCAGCUCAUGUGGGUUCUUGGGGUAGAUCAGAAAAAGGUCCCCCAUAAUACCCUUGGGAUCAGAGUUGAUUGCUGGCAUGAGGGGUCUCUUCUGCUGGGACAAGAUGCCGCGCCACUGUUGACUGGGAGGGGUUGUAAUAAAUGCAUAGAUCCUGA